AUAGCAAUGACCUUGAUGAAUCCACUUCUCGUUAUUUCAAACCACCGUUCCCCUUCGAAUUGAUUCUCCGUGCCCAUUCCCCAUUUAUUUUGACUAUGACUGCCAUGACAUCGGAAGAAAAGCACGUGAGCAGGCGAGGGUGCCUUAAGUCCAAAUGGGCUCGAAUUCUCUUGGCCGUACUCGUUUUCAUCGUUCUUUGUGCUGCUAUCAUACCAGCCGUUGUUGUCACCACUCUUCGCAAGAAAAACAGUAUGGGUCCAAAAUCCAAAGUCUUCGUGCCACUCUACGUUUACCCUGCUCCUGGAGCGUGGACUCCGCUGGAAAAUGUGAUCUCUGCCCAUCCCGAUGUCAAUUUUACCGUCGUAAUCAACCCGGGAAACGGCCCAGGGCCAAACUCCUUGCCCGACGCAAAUUAUACUCGCGAAAUACCGGUCCUUGCAUCUUACACAAAUGUUCGGCUUCUGGGGUAUGUCCACACUUCGUAUGCACAGCGCAACAUAUCCUUAGUCCGCAAGGAUAUCGAAACAUACGCCGCCUGGCCCACCGAAUCAUCCAACUCGGACUUGGCCGUUCGGGGAAUAUUUUUCGAUGAAGCACCCCAGCAAUACAGUGCCCAGUCCCUCACUUAUUUGCAAAAUCUGACCGACUUGGUCAAAGAGCUGAAAGGCUUUGGCUCCAAUGGCUUUGUGGUGCACAACCCUGGAGCUGUCCCAGACUCUCGUUACUUGGCAUCGGCCGACUCAACCGUGGUCUUCGAAGGGACAUACAACUCGUUCCAGGAGCGGCAGGGAGCUAACCUGUUCACGGAUAUCCCGGACAGCAACCGUACCCAGCUGUGCGCCGUUAUCCACUCAGUCCCUGACACUGUGGAAGGGUCUGAGCUGCGCGGCUUGGUAAAAGAAUCCCGUAAAGUGGUCGAUGAGCUUUACAUUACUCACCUCAGCACCGAUUACUACGCUAGCUUUGGGUCAAAGUGGACUGAGUUUGUGGAUCUAAUGGCGGCGUGAGGCUCGCUCGGUGGUGACAUGUACAUAUCAUCGACAUAAUGACCCUGCGUAAUGAGGUGUCGGAUAACUUGCAUUUGCAUUUGGGCCCAGCCGCGCUUUCCCUCUACUUUGAUGCACUUUAAAAUUAUAUUUUUCAUAGAA